UCCGCAUUGAGGCCUCGGCCAGAAGGAAGAUGUGAAAAAUUUSUGAAAAGAGAACGAAGAUGAGUGGUCUUGGAUUUUCWGCGAAAGUUCGCAUUUCUCCAAUUGGUUUCAUAGUUAUUGGACUGUGUGGACUAGCAGCGAUAUAUUAUUUUACUGGCCAUACUAGUUAUGUAGACUCUAGUCAAACAGUUUCGAUGAAACAGCUUCUUGCUGCGGCCAUUGACUUGGCUCAAAACGGUGGUGAUGCAGUGCGAUUUAUCAAGGAGGAUGACAAACUACAGAAAAAGAGCAAAGGUAAAACAAAAGAGGGUGUAGAUGACCCUGUUACCCAAGGUGACAUGCUAUCACACCGUGCAAUCGUCCAUGGGUUUGAGAAGGCAUUUCCMAGCAUCCGYGUGGUAUCAGAAGAGAAUGACAAGGCAAAUGUUGAUGCUAGUCUUGUUAAGCUCCCUAAGACAUCACCAGUAAUGUUGAAUAAGCAUUUAGACAACUUGGAAGAUGAUUUUGUACCUUUUAACAAAAUUCUHAUCUGGGUUGACCCACUUGAUGCUACAAAAGAGUACACAGAAGAUUUAUUGCAAUAUGUCACAACUAUGGUGUGUAUAGUGGUCAAUGGAAUACCAGUUGCGGGAGUUAUUCACAGUCCAUUUCUGAAGAAGACUUCCUGGGCUUGGGUUGGCCAUGGAAGCUCACCAGACUUGAAGAAAACUGACAAGUCUUCUGAGCUGCCACUUGAAUCUCCAAAGAUUAUAGUUUCUUUAUCUCAUGCUGGUGAAGUUAACAGAACUUUAGUUAAAGCGUUUGGUAAAAAUGUUCAAAUAAUAAGGGCUGGAGGUGCAGGGUAUAAAGUACUUGCUUUACACGAUCAUAAGGCAGAUGCAUAUGUGCAUUUAACAUUUAUCAAGAAGUGGGAUCUGUGUGCUGGAGAUGYGCUUUUAAGAGCGAAGAAUGGCAAGAUGACAACACUUGAUGGCAAUGCGAUUGAYUAUGGCAAUCCUAAGGASAUCUUGAUCAAAAAAGGUCUUCUUGCAUCUUUAUCAAAUCAUCAUGAAUUUCAGGAAAAACUUCAAUGGGUCUCCAAUAAAAAGGAUUAGAAAAAAGCUAUUACUAAAAGCUAAUACACAAUUUGUAUGGUAUUUUUUAAUCUUGAAAACAUUAGCCUGUGUACAUCUGUUUCUCUUCCCUCACAAAAAAUCGAGGGUUUCUGUUUGCAAUGUACUCUCUUUUUAAACUGGAUACCCUUUCUAGGUCAGCUUUGUAUAUUUGUAAAUUUAACUGGUAUAUUUCUUUACAUGAACAAACUGCUUGAAUGUAUUCACCUAAUUCAAAAAACGUUGAGGAGAACAGCGAUUGUCGAAAGGGAGAUUGGCACAAAAUAUCAGUUAUUGGAUUUGCUGUGCAUAGAAGUGGUGACAAAAUGGAGCCAAUGUCCACUUUACAGUAGUAUAAAUCAAUUAUUAUUUCUCAUCAAUUCGUAAAAAAAAAUUCUAUUCUCAGUAGUGCAGUUACCCUUCGACAGUUGACAUUCACCAUUUUAUCCUACAACCGUUUUUGAAAUAGGUAUAUAGAUUGCAAUUGUUAGUCCUUCAUGAUAGAUAGCUUUUUGUUGCUUGUGAGAAAAAUCAUGAAGUAAAAACAGGACUUGCUCGGAUUCUAAGUUGUCAAGAAUUGAAACAAAUGUAAAAUUUGCCACUACAGUGCAUGUUUGCAUGACAUAUUUUUCUUGAAGGGAAUAUUUUAAUUAUCAGCCAUAUUGAACAUCAUACUUUUUUUUUCAUUAUUGGCCGGGACAAGGCAUUGUUAUUUAUUACAUAGAAAUGUUUAAUGAGGUACUGAAGCAAAAAUUAUCAUAAAUUAUUGGUGAAGGGAAAAGGAAUUGAAAAGAUGUGCUCAAUAAUCUUGGCCAAGUCCAAUUUGUUGUGAGUCCAUAGAUGGAGUAAAUACAAAUAAUCAAAAUAGGUGAUAAAAGUGACACAAAUUCCUAUU